UGAUAAGCACUCCUCCCAUACUGCGGCAAAAUAGAACCAAUCCGCUCUUUCCACGCUCUCUCCCUAUACAUUUGCACCACCUCUUUUGUACUCUAUAAAUAAACGCACCCUUCUGAUGUUCAGGAGGUCCUGCAUUGACACCGUUUCCGCCUUGUUUGUUCCCUCAUCUGGUGACCCCGACGUGAUCCAGAUCCCUCAGCACCCUGCUUACGCGACUGGAACAGUCUUCUUAGUGCACUCAGCUUCGGCUCCCUCGUUGCGCUGGUCCAGACGAACAUUGCCAGUGGAAAGCCAACUCGCCCGUUGUGGGUACCUGCCCGCUGUGUUCGACCCACCCAGGAUGUCGUGGCAUCAAGGUCUGUCCAACCCGAUCCCGAACUUCGGUCUCCACCUGAAGGAGAGCUUCCCGGCACAGCCCCGACAACGAGGCAGCAACAGGAAGAACAACCCGCCAGUGACCUGGGGAAUGGUGAAGAAUCUGGCAGCGCAGGCGACCGUGCUCCUGGAGCAGGAGGAAAAAGAAAAGACCCCUGAGAACUUUCUGGCAGCCGUGUUUGCAGCCCUGAAUGCAAAUUCUUGCCUUAUUCUGUUUUGUUAUUUCUUCUGCCUUUUUUAUGUACCUACUGAAGCUUUGCCCUUGGCUUCUCUUUCACACCCCAACAUGUGGGUCCGUCACGCGUAUUAUAUGUUUCACACCCAUGGAACCAAUGUCUCCCUGAUAUGUGAGCACCCAUUAUGCAUAUCACCAUGUUAAAACAGAAAAGGGGGAGAUGUAGGCUGAUAAGGGUAAACACCCCACCCAGGACUGGCAUACCAUACUGGAAUGUGGCGGUCGCACCCUGAUAAGCACUCCUCCCAUACUGCGGCAAAAUAGAACCAAUCCGCUCUUUCCACGCUCUCUCCCUAUACAUUUGCACCACCUCUUUUGUACUCUAUAAAUAAACGCACCCUUCUGAUGUUCAGGAGGUCCUGCAUUGA